AUGGAAAGUAGUUCAAACUAUACUCAAGACGAAUUUCAUGAACUUGAAGAUAAUUUAAAGAAACUUGUACUAAUGCAUAUAAUAACCAUAGAAAAUGAAGAAAGAGAUAGGACUGAAACUUUUCCUACUGGACCUAUCCUUGCGUCUUAUUUUGGGACUAAAUUUCAUUCUUAA